UUCAUUCUCUUUAAAAACAACCGGUAUCAGGUCGGUUUGGGUUUAGACCCGACCUAUUGACUAGCAAUAAUGGUGGACUGGUGGUCUAUGAUUUCCCAAGUCGUCUGGCUUGCCACAGCGGCACACUGAUGGAUUUCUGUUAACGAACCUAGUUGCUUCUUACCUGUUCCUUCUCUGACUGUCUGCUCCCUGGCGCCUUGGGUAUAGUGUUGAAAUAAAUCUGAUGAAGAGUUGGUCCAACUCCCCCUAGGUAUAAACUACAGAGCGUAUAACCCCUUAAUAGGUUCUAAAUCGUGUUGGAUAGUCCUUACAUAUCUGAGCUCUUUUGGGGGUUUUGGCAACACUUAUUCUUAACAAAACCCUAUGGGAAAUUACUGAGAGUUUGAGGCCAAUUCAAUGAACUCAAUUCCUAGAUGAUUCAGAACCAUGAAUCCAGAAAUGACAACUAGCCUAGGGAACCAUCCCUGCCUUUUCUCAAGAAGAGUUCAUGUGCAUUGCUGGAAGGAAAGAAGUGUCAUCGGUUCAUAUUUUAGUUAUCUUGGUCUUUCUUGCAUAGAACAAUGUUCUCCAAGAUGUAAGAAAUUUAUGGGUUGCUUCAAACAAGACGCUAGAAAACCUUGGAAAACUUUUGCUUCUAAAAUGGAUGGUGGUGAUAAGGAUCCAAAUGAAACGGAGGAUGAAGUAGAAGAGGAGAUUUUGCCUGAAAACAGCACUGGAUCUGUGAAUAAUGAUAUAUUAAGAGAAAAGUUUGAGAGAAUUGUUGGCAAUGAUGAUUCUUCGUUCAGUGGAAUUGACCUCGCGACUCUAAUACGCAAUAAAUAUGGUCGUUCCUAUGAUGUUCAAUUGAUAAAGAAGGAAUUUAUGGGCAAAAAUCUCCUGGCUCUAAAUGUAAUGUGGAAGUACAUGGAACAGAGGUCCUUUCCACUUACAGAAGAAGAGUACCUGCUUAGGCUAGAUGAUGUAGCUAACACAUUGAAGUGCUGGGGAGCUGUCUCACAUGUCCGAUGUAGUAUUGAAAAGUUGAAAGAGCGGCCUCGGGUGGGCAAGGCUGUAAGCAUUUUUAUAGAUAUGGAUGCAUCUGGGGGUCGCGCGAGCGAAUGGAUAUACAAGUAGAAACUCUGCAAAACUCUGGGAGAAUUAUCAAUGAUGAUGAUAUGUUGAGUGCUAGUUUCAUCACAAAGAACAAACACAUUAUCUCAAUGUGUCAUCUUAGGGGGUGGCAUAAUACAACUUGUUCAUGUCUUCUACAUCUUUCUCCUCUUUUCUGAAAGGAAUCUUUCCCCUCCUCUUUGUAAUAUUAUGAUCAUGUACACCUUAUUUUAAACCUCUUGAUAUAUAAAAGGUAAAAAAUAAAACGAUUGCACUUAAUAUCUCAUGAGUAAUUUUUGUUUAAAAAUUUGAUA